AUGUCUCCAAAUAUCGAUGGAGCUCGCUACACUGCAGCAACGCGAAAAGUGCAAACUUCCAAACCACGAAAGGCCUGGCGUACCCGCACAAAAGUGCGCAUCAAAUGGACCUCCGAGCAGAAGGCUGCCUUGAGAGCCAAACGUGCACAGCAUCCCAUCAACUAUGGGACUGCAUUGAAGGAGGCUAGGGAGGUUGUUCAGCAUCAAGCUGAAAUGCUUUACGAAAAGUUUGGCAAGCACAGUAUUGAAUAUUACUAUCAAGAAGUUAUGCAGAAGUCACAUCUUGUCACUCAGAAGCGAAGUGUUAACCACUGGAAUGCCUUUCUUUCUGGUAAACUUAAGGAGCACAACGAGGAACGUGAAAAACAGGGCUUAAGCAAAGAAAAAGUCGAUGUGAUUGUAGUGGAGGUUUCGGCUCAGUGGAAAUGUAUGAAUAAGGAAGAACGUUCAGAUGCUACUGACAAUCUCAUGCAAAGUCUCGGUGACCAGCGCGAAAUGAAAGAUUUGGCCCUUUACAAUGUACCUUUGAAUGCCUUCCAAGAUGGCAGGAAGACUCUCGACUCAAUUGAUCACGAGCUAUCAGCACUAAAUGCCCGUACAGGAAUGGAGAUCUUAUUAUUUGCAGUUCGCUCAGACGUUGAGCAUUUCAACCAACCUCAUAUCUUUCAAACAUCAUGCACUUCUGCCUUCUUUGAUGCCUGUCUUGGAACUUCUGUGGGCAAUAUAGCUCUUCAUCUUGAAGGUUUCAGCAUUGCCGGUGUACAGAAGGAGACAGCCGUGUCCGUCAAGAUAUCGAGGAUGUACUACGUCAACUUCAACGACAAUAUUAUAUCGAAGCACCAUAUUGUUUUGAAGAAUUGGCCACUCUCAAAGUUCUGCUGCCCGGGUGACAUCAGCUCUCUCAAUGAACUCAAAGUUUUAUUCUAUGCUUUUGAUACCGGUGUAGGGAUUCAUUUCCGGCUGGGCUUGUAG